AUGGUGAGCUCUCCUCUUCCGAUCGCGUUCCUGAGAACGAGUUGUAUUUGCGCGUUUCUUCUCUGCUCUUUGGUUUCCAUCGCCGCCGAAAUGGGCCGGCCAGGGGAGUCGCACCCUCCUUCGGCGUCUCCUGCGUUGCAUUCGUCGUUGCGGCCAUCCAGCCACCGUCCUCUGGCUGAAGUGGCAGAAGGAGGUUUAACUAAGGAACAAGGAAAAAAAUAAGAAAAAACCACAGCACCGCCAUCCUGGAGCCGCGUUUCGCUGCUCAUCGCGCCUGCUUGAAGUCGCGGCCAAAAGCCGCGGAUCGGCUUUCGCCGCACACGCGACCAACUGGGGAGGGACGGUUUUUUGAAGUUAUAUCGAUUACAACCGUGAAUUAUUAAGUUACUUUGCAAUCUCAUUUACUAGAUUUAGUCGUACGUGAACCACAUUUGUAUUUGGAUGAUUAUCCGAUUCGGGACUUCCCAUUUCUCGGUCGACCCGAGUUUGGCCAUCCUGCGCGUGAUGUCAUUAGCGCUGAACCUUAGAAGUUAACGCGAUUCUCACAAGCCUUGAUGGGUGCGGCGAAAAAAAAAUGCCCACUGUCCCAUGUCUUCUCUAUUAUGUGUUGGACAUGCUUAACUUUAUGCAGUAUUUGCUUUUUUUUGGUUCAAAUGUUUUUAUUUGCCAAGUAGGGAAGAUUCUGAAGGUUGAUCUUUUAUUGACCUUUUCCUCCGGUUUGCUUCAAUCCAGGCUCGUGGACUCAAGAAACAUUUGAAAAGGCUCAAUGCACCAAGACAUUGGAUGCUUGACAAGCUUGGCGGCGCCUUUGUAAGUAUUAGGCAAAGCAGAAAUUGCUUCAAUGACCCUUCUUGUAUUUCUUCUCAUCAGUUCCAGGAUUGGUUCUCAUUUUUAACCAUACUUGUUUUUGUUUCAUUGUUUCAGGCCCCCAAGCCAUCAUCUGGGCCACACAAGGCUCGAGAAUGCCUUCCCUUGAUCCUUAUUCUAAGGAACAAGCUCAAAUACGCUCUUACAUACAGAGAUGUCAUUGCUAUAUUGAUGCAGAGGCAGGUCCUGGUUGAUGCGAAGGUCAGGACAGACAAGACGUAUCCUGCUGGUUUCAUGGGUACGAGCACUGGAAGACGUCCCGACACUCUUUUCUUCUUUCGAAUGAUCUCUUUUUUUCGCACCACUUCAAAAUAGGAGUUGAUAUGAUACUUUGAUUCGUCGCAGAUGUCAUAUCAAUUCCAAAGACUAAUGAGAACUUCCGCCUUCUAUAUGACACCAAGGGGCGUUUCCGCCUCCACCGCAUCAAGGAUGAAGAGGCAAAGGUAAAACUAAUUGUCUUAAUGUACCUGUGAUUUUAUGCGAUUAUAUAUAUAUCUUGAAAACAUGCGUCCUCUUACCCUGGAAUUCAUGCAGACUCAGAAAUUUCUUUCAUGGUGAUGGAGUAACGGUGUCUUUACACGUUAUUAACAUUAUUCAGGAUAUUAUAUCCCAGUUUUCCUGUCUUUCCUGUGAUGUACUUUCUUGUUCAUGAUCUCACGCGCACUGGUCUUUCCUUUAUUUUCUUCGAGAGUUUCUUUGUGCAUGCUUCCUGUACCAGUUGUUUUGUCAUUUAAUCAGACCUAACCCUAAGUCUUCCCCUAACCAGACCAAAUCUCAAGCUAGUCCUUCAUGAACUAUUUUCUCGCAAUUUCCUUUAUUCCUGCGAGUUUAGCGGUCACAAAAUGGAAGAAGAAUUGAGGGCAUUUUCGCUCUGACUAUUUGGUUCGAGUGGUGGUUAAUGGAUUCCUGACCUGAAUCACACACCCUAUCUCUACCCCUCUCCUCUGUUACGAUCGGCUCUGAACAUAUGUCAGUUGCAGGCCCUGUAUAAUCUUGACUGCAUUUUCACAGAGCUGGAUAUGGUCGUUCCAUUGUUUCUGUCACCGUGUGAAUCUCUUCCGAGUACAAGUUUAAUUUCUUUUUUCAGACUGUGAUUCGAGCGAGGGAUUUCUAUCUAUCUAAGCCGAUUGUUGUUCCCUGCUACGCAGUUCAAGCUCUGCAAGGUCCGCUCGGUUCAGUUUGGGGAAAAGGGGAUCCCCUACCUCAACACCUACGACGGCCGCACGAUCCGGUACCCAGAUCCCCUGAUUAAGGCGAACGACACCAUCAAGCUGGACCUGGAGAACAACAAGAUCGUUGACUUCAUUAAGUUCGACGUCGGGAACGUUGUGAUGGUCACCGGCGGCAGGAACACCGGUCGGGUCGGCCUGAUCAAGAACAGGGAGAAGCACAAGGGGAGCUUUGAGACCGUCCACAUUCAGGACGCCACCGGGCACGAGUUCGCCACCCGGCUGGGGAACGUCUUCACCAUCGGCAAGGGGUCAAAGCCCUGGGUCUCCCUCCCCAAGGGCAAGGGGGUCAAGCAGUCCAUCAUCGAGGAGGCCAGGAAGAGGGCCGCCGCGGCGGCGGCCGCCGCCACCGCCUAG